AUGCACUUCACAGGCUCCUCCUUUUCUCCUUGCUUUGACUUUCCCACCUCUUGCAAGCUGUCAUCCUCUGUUGGCAUUUGCAUAUUGGUGUAGCACUUGCAAGGGAAGAAAACCUCACUUCUCUCAGGAGGGAACCAGAGUGUUAUGGGAACUGAGCACUCGAAGAACGAGGGGCGAAGGAGCAUGGUUUUUCUUAGGAAAGGUCCAAAGUUGCCUGCAUGGGAAGAUGCCCUUCUCUCAGGGAGAGAGCCCAAGUCACUGCUGAAACGGGGAUUGCGUUAUGUCAGCUUGAGCCUCAUAAUGAAAGGGAUGACCAGCACUCCUGACUUCUUGUGGGGACUGUCUGAGGUGCAGAAGCUGAACCUUUCACGCAACCAGUUGGUGGUGAUUCCUCCUUCGCUGGGGAAACUGGACAGGCUGGUAGUGCUGAACUUGGGGGGUAACUGUCUCAAGAGUCUGCCUAAAGAGAUUGGGCUGCUGAGGAACCUGAAGGUCUUGUUUGUCAAUAUGAAUUGCCUGACAGAAGUGCCAGCAGAGCUCAGCUUAUGCAGGAAGAUGGAGGUUCUGAGCCUCUCGCACAACCGCAUCUCGCAACUGCCUUUGAGCUUCACUGACCUGACAAGUUUGAGGAAACUGAACCUCAGUAACAACCGCUUUGUGCAAAUUCCCCUCUGCAUUUUCGCACUGAGGAGCUUAGAUUUCUUGCACCUAGGGUCCAACAGGCUGGAAAACAUCGCAGAGAGUAUCCAGUAUCUGGUCAAUCUGCAAAUCUUUAUCGUGGAGAAUAACAACAUACGCAGUCUGCCACGGUCUCUCUGCUACAUCACCACUCUGGAGUUGCUAAACGUUGACUACAAUGCCAUACAGACUCUCCCUGACGACCUCUACCUUUUGCGCCGGCUGCGCCGCAUUGCCUGGAACCCAAUGGACAAAGGCCUCCACAUCGCCCACAACCCCUUGUCCCGGCCCCUGCCCGAGGUUGUCGAGGGGGGCCUGGAUGUCCUCUUCAGCUACCUCAGGGAGAAAAAGGAGCACAACUGA